AUGAGUUCGCCACAAGGCAGCUAUCAGACAUCAGAAGCUCACUAUCCGAAUGGAGACAACGUUGGACAGCAGUAUGAUCCUCUGGCAUGUGUACUAAGCAUUCGCGGCGUUUGUAUGGCGCACGAAAUUAACGAUCCUGAUCCCAGCAUGGAUGAUCCCGCACGGCCUCAUAGAAACAAUCAUGGCUCGGCAAACUUCCUACGCCGUCGUAAUGCUCUAAAGGGGAAAGGCCCCGGGCACGCUGACACGGUUUGGCCUGAGGUUUCCAAGCCUGAUGAUGUCCCCUGUGUUGGAGACAUUGCUGAAGCGCCUGAAAAAGUCGAUUUGAUUCCAGAGGCACGACGAGAUUCCAUGGAUAUAGAUGAUCCUCCUGAUCGAACCUUUCUAUCAAGCGACACUAACAAUCACCUCUCACACGUCUCGGAAGCUUCUGAUGAUCAUGCUCCAGCGAAUGUCCAAGAGCUUAGAAAUGGUCCCGAUAUCUCACAAUGGAUUACUCUGUGGCGACUUCGACAUGAUCUACGUGAACUGUACAAAGGCUUGAUGCGAGUUACCCAUGUCAGCGAUUUCCCACGAGCUAGAAAAGUCCGACGAUUGUACAACAAUGCAACGCACAUGCUUGAGACGGGACUAUCUACCUUUCUCGAAGUUUUGGAUGGUACUGCUCCUACCACAUUACAGAAAGUGCUUGCGUUUGUUGCAGUUUCUCAGGUCAUGUGGAAUGCCGUCCGGAAUGAGAACGCCGGCAGAGGGGUUGUCAACCAUCAUGAUUCACUUGACGGGUUCUCCACAUGGCGAUUAGCAAUCGUCGAUUCUCAAGAUCAGCUUGUCCUAGACCGUAUUGCAUAUGAGCUGUGGGAUGUUCCGAUUCCAUCAACCUUCUGUGAAGAUGAUACACAAACGGGAUCGCUGGUAGACUCGGGACUCACUGAUUUGUGGGCGCAUCCAUUGAGCUAUUCCGGAAUUCCGGAAUCCCUCAUUAACAACAGUUCUAUAGCGCCAACUCCGCUUCAAACAUUCCAGGACGACGUCAGCUUGCUGCUUUCGACUACUGCAGUUCACACGAACCUUCUCUUUUCUGACUUUCUCCAUGUCCCAGGACUAGAAGGCAACCUUCGACCCAAGACGACAACAUCCACCAUAGAUGGGGUCAGAUCCUCCCCUCGAAGAUCAAAUGGAGGCAAUAUAUUUGUAGACAGUGGUAUAUUCACUCGCCCACCUAGUGAUUCGUGGGGGGAUUUUGGUUAUGUGCCAGGGAUAGAUGGCACUAUCAAUCCAGAAUGCCUACGGCUUGGAGACUCACCCAUAUGGGAUUCAUCCACACAGCCUUUGAAUAUAAAUUCCCAAUCUCAUUUGAUGGGCUUGCCUCCCCAAGCCCUCGGCAGCACCACCGAUAUCGAUGGUGCAACAGGGGUUCUCCAAUGCUUGAUUGGCACUAUACUAUUUCAAGUGGUUGUGAUUUUCCUAAAGAUCAUGAGCCACACCGGCUCGAUUUUACAAAUCAUGUCGGGCUGUACAUCGAUAAAGCCCAGCAACACAUCAGAGGGACUCGGUGGGAAGAACGCUUCAGAAUCCAGCGGAUCUUUCUUAGCAGAAAUGAGAGAGCACGCUAUAGAGCCACUCCGGUUGAAAUUUUCAAAGUACCACACUCAUUUCAUCGGGCUUUUAGAAUCUGGAUACUCUUUGAUCAAACUUGGAUGCAUCAAAUCUCUUCAAGAGUUUGAAAAAUACCUAGUUCAUGCUAGUUUACACUCUUCCAAAUCGAAGAAAGACUUCAUGUUCCUUGUUCAGUCAGUCCUCUCUCAAUGUUUGAAGUGCUCUUCAAAGAUGAGUUGGAGCGAUCUGUACCCCGACGGCCUUUGUGCUGACGAAUACUCGACCCGCUACCUCGAUCGCCGAAUGGGGGAGGAACAAGCGACAGCCGAUGCGAUAUUUCCGGACCAGGGGACUACUGAUGCUUCAUCCUCUGAAGCAGUCAAGCCUCGAAGUCUCCUCCCGACUCUACCUCGUCCUCGCCGUCAUCGAAAACAGACACUGCUGAUUCGGUCUCAAGCUGCCAAGGGAAAAUUGAAAGAUGCUCUCACCAAGGAUGCGACAAGGUCUAUACAGGUGUUGAUGCCCGUGUCAACCUACGCCGCCAUGUACGAUGCAAACACGAGCCAAGGAAAUGGAGGUGCCCGGGCAGCGGGUGCGAGCUGGCCACACCAAGGCGAGAUAAUCUUCGCAAGCAUUUCAAGACAAAACAUUUGGGUGAAACUAUGCCACCUUGGUUGGGAAAUAGGAAAAGAUGCUAAGAGAUAG